GUACAUUAUGGUCAAAUGUCAUUCACCGACAACAAUUAAAAAAUGUCGGAAUCGUGUCAAGACGGUAAUUGUCAUGGAAAUAACGAAUAUGGGCCUGACGAAUCACCCACCAAACUUAUCGUCAAUUACAUUCCUGAAGUCAUGACCCAGGAUAUGAUGUUCUCACUAUUUUCGACAAUGGGUAAACUGGAAAGUUGUAAAUUGAUAGCGAACAGAGGCUACGGCUUCGUGGAGUACUCUUGUCCGGAAGAUGCAAUCAAGGCUCGGAAGGCGUUCAAUGGGCUUCUGAUGCAGAACAAGACGUUGAAAGUAUCUCAUGCGUUGCUGAACCCUGAGUUGAAGCCUCCUUCAAAGCCGGAAGCCGACUGGAACCUUUACGUAUGUAACCUGCCUAACGAACUGACCUUGCAGGAUUUACAUGGACUAUUCGCACAAUUUGGUAAAAUAGUUAAUUCUCGUAUAGCAGCUGGUAUUGCCUUCGUCCUGUAUGAACAUCAAUAUGAAGCGGAAAGAGCCAUUGUCAAUAUAAAUGGCACCACGCCGCCUGGUUUCCUACAUCCACUAACUGUUAAGUAUGCUAAUAAGAGUAACCCUAAUAAACAUAAAAACAAUAACAAUAACUUUUCGAAAAACCCUCUGGUGAAACCAUACCAUUGGAUAAAUCAUAUGGGUGCUAUUGGGGACCAUAACUCCCCAAGCACAUGGUCUAUUUACAUAUACAAUAUAGCUCCGGAAGUGGAAGAACUAACUCUUUGGCAGCUAUUUGGUCCUUAUGGUGCUAUUGUGUCAGUUAAAAUUAUCAAAGACCAUCAAACUAAUAAGAGCAAAGGUUUUGGUUUUGUGACAAUGAGAAAUUACGAUCAAGCAGCAAUGGCAAUUCAAGCUUUGAAUGGCUAUGUUCUGCACGGCCAACCUCUCUCGGUUAGUUUCAAGACGCAAAAGAGAUAAUAUAAUAAUAAAAGACUUAUUAAUCUUUACAAUAUCAAUACAGUAAUAUUAGGCAAAAAGUACCUUAUCAUUGUUUGAUUGGCAUACUAAUAACAUGUGAAAUAGUUCCAGAUUCUAAUCCCACAUACAUACAGUAAACUACAGCCCAAAUUUUGAAAACUGUGACAAAUCCGACUUGUUAAAAAUAUUAUAUUACUUUGAGCUAUCAAGAUUGUUAAGUUUGUUUCUUAUUAUGGAUAAUAAUUUAUUCAGUUUGCUCGUUAAAUGUUUCAAGUUUACUAGAAGUUAAAGAUUGUAUUGAUGAUGAUUGUUGUUUGGAAGUUCAACGUCAGUUUAUAAGCUAUAUGCUUUCAUUAUUUUUAUCUAUUAUGUAAGUACCUAUAAUAAACAAUUUUAAAGCUUUUACAAGAUCUUACUAAUUGAUAAGCCACAUUGAGAUGUUUAAUCAGCUACUAGUUUUAGUUGUACACUUUUUAUAACAUGAUGUCUAUUUAGGUAGUAAAACGAAAUCUAGAUUAUAUCAUAUUUAUACAUUUAGUAUAAAAAUUUGCUGAAUUAAAGUUCAUUUUCACAAUUUUA